AUGUCCGACCACGAGUCCAACCCCGCCGACAGCCCCACCUCGCCCCAGCCUCGCCGACCGGGCGGUCUUUCAGAGGGUCCCAACGCGAGGAGCAAGAGUGUCACCGUGGCCCCUGACGGCGAAAGCACGUAUGGCGCACUUAACCGACACCCGGCACCGAGGCCCGUAUCCAUCGCCAAUGACCCCAGCAUCCCCUCAGAAUCAUUCCGUGUAGGCGUCAGCGAGGACCGGAAUCGUCGGUGCAGGCGAACGAUGGAGGAUGCGCAUAGUUUUGUUUACGACUUUGCGGCGGUCAAGGGCCAGGGAUACUUUGCGGUGUUUGAUGGGCAUGCGGGCAAGCAUGCUGCCGAGUGGUGUGGUCAGAACUUCCACGAAUACCUCCUUGAUGCACUCAUCACCGAGCCCGACACCCCCAUCCCCGACAUCAUGAACAAGACUUUCCACGUCGUCGACCAGCGUCUCUCCCACCUCGCCCAAACCGGCCGCACCUCAUCAGGCUGUACGGCCGUCACCGCCUUCCUUCGUGUCGAAGAAGUCGACAACACCGUCCACAAAGGGUUCACCAACCCCGGAUUGCAGGCGCGCGGGUUGUUCGAGGGUAGGGGAGAAGAGGAGCUCGAGGCGUUGACUUCUCAGCAGCCUUCUUCUCGCCGAUCUUCCAUGGGCGGGGGUACCAGCGGUCAGGCCGGAGGCGCUUCUUCCUAUGGCUCAGGCCCGAACGGCAUGGUCCGCAAAAUGUCUAGCAGGAAGAUUAGAGACUUUGUCAAGGGUCUCGCGACCAGAUUCGGAGAAGGCUCAGCGGUGGAGGAUGAUGAUAAUGAUGAUGAGGCGAUUAUCACGGUGGAUGGGACCAAGGUGGAUGCUAUUGAGCCGCAAUCGUCAAAGGGUGUCCGGAGAGUGCUUUAUACCGCCAACGUCGGAGAUGCUAGAGGUGUGCUCUCGCGUGGAGGUAAAGCCGUCAGAUUGACCUACGACCACAAGGGAAGUGAUGCUUCGGAGGCAAAGCGUAUCACCGAUGCUGGAGGCUUUGUCAUGAACAACCGAGUCAACGGUGUUCUCGCCGUGACCAGAUCGCUCGGGGAUGCUUCCAUGAAAGAGUUUGUCGUCGGUUCACCAUACACUACCGAGACCACCCUCGACGACACAGACGAAUUCCUGAUUGUUGCUUGUGAUGGUCUCUGGGACGUCUGCUCCGACCAAGAAGCUGUCGACAUCAUACAAAAUGUUCAGGACCCGCAAGAGGCGAGCAGAAGGCUGUUGGAACAUGCUAUGGGCAACUUUUCGACAGACAACUUGAGUGUGUUGGUCGUCAAGUUCUUCCACUAG